UUUUCCUCACAACUUUACUUUCAUCUUUUUUUAAUCGUCUGCCGUUUUCCACCCGUCUCUCGUAUCUUUAUAAAUUGAUUUUAUUAUUUCGUAAUUUUGAGGACGGAGGGUUUGCGGGCAAGAAACCCUUGAAACCCUUGAAUCCGUCAUUAUUUCUAUCUUCUUUCCAUCUCCAUUCAAAGCCCUUGCUUUUGAUAUCAACGAUUUGGGUUCUCAACGCCGCCGCUGGGAUUCUCUUAGAUUUUUUUUCCCAUUCUUGUCUCUGGAUCGCUCAUUGUACUGAUUAGUCACCAGACUGGACCUGUUUUGUUACUAGUUCAGCCCAGUAAAGAUCCAAGAGCUUAUCAAAACAAUAUAUCUUAAUUCAGAUUCACAAAGGCCCAUUAUUUUCCAUCUUAUUUGAAGUUCUUGUGGUGGGACAUCAUGACAGUUCAAGGUAAUCGGGUGUUGCUACUUACUUUUUCUGCUGAGCUUGAAGACGGAAGGCCUCUUUAUGUCUCAUCUAACUGUCAUCCAAUAAAGGCUACUGGGUUGGAACCUGCUGGCUUUUCAUUCCAUGCUGCUGCUCUAAGAUUAUUGGGUUAUAAGGAAUGCUCAGAGGAUGAUAAUGAUAAUAAAAGUGAGUCUGAAGAAAAGGAUAUAGGACAUACAGCAUCUUAUGAUUCAUAUAGUUUCAAAGGGAAAAAGAAAUCUGGUGCUGGAAAGGAUCAACAAGAUCAUUAUGCCUUACUAGGAUUAGGUCACUUACGCUUCCUUGCAACGGAAGAUCAGAUUCGUAAAAGCUACCGUGAAGCUGCUCUGAAACAUCAUCCAGAUAAGCAGGCAUCACUUCUUCUAGCAGAGGAAACAGAGGAAGGAAAACAGGCAAAGAAGGACAAAAUUGAAAGUCAUUUUAAGGAUAUUCAGGAGGCAUAUGAAAUUCUCAUAGAUCCUGCAAAGAGGAGAAUUUAUGAUUCCACUGAUGAAUUUGAUGAUGAAGUACCAUCUGAUUGUGCCCCGCAAGAUUUCUUUAAAGUGUUUGGGCCUGUUUUUAUGAGGAACAGCCGAUGGUCUGUGGCUCAACCGGUACCAUCUUUGGGGGAUGAUAACUCUCCCAUAAAAGAAGUUGACAAGUUUUAUGAUUUCUGGUAUGGCUUCAAAACCUGGAGAGAAUUUCCUCAAGAAGAUGACUUUGAUCUAGAGCAGGCUGAGUCUCGAGAACAUAAAAGAUGGAUGGAAAAACAGAAUGCAAAGAUUCGAGAAAAAGCCAGGAAGGAGGAAUAUGCAAGGAUUUGGACACUAGUUGAGAAUGCUUAUAAAAAGGAUCCUCGAAUACUUAAGAGGAAAGAAAAGGAGAAGGCAGAUAAAUUGAAAAAGAAAGAAGCCAAAUACCGUGAAAGGAGGCAGAAAGAAGAAGAAGCAGCAAAGAUUGCAGAGGAUGAAAGACUUAGGAAAGAGGAGGAGGAUAAAAGAGUGGCAGAAGCAGCUUUAGCUCAAAAAAAGGCAAAAGAGAAAGAAAAGAGACUUUUACGUAAAGAAAGGUCCAGGUUACGAACUACAUCUGCUUCAGUUAUCUCCAAGAAAAUUCUUGGCAUUUCAGAAGAUGAUGUUGAGAGGUUAUGUUCAUCCUUGGAAGUUGAUCGGCUAAGAAAUCUUUGUGAGCAAAUAGAGAACAAAGAAGAACAUGAGCAAGCCCGACUACUGAGGGAUGCAUUGGCAAAUAAUGAUGGUGGAAAUAAGCUGGAGAAUAGUGUGCAACAAAAUAGUUCUAUACAGGAAAAGCCCAUUGGUCAAGGGGUAGAAGGGCAGGCAAAAGCAGAAAGUUUGCUUGAUAAUUAUGAGAAGAAAGAAAAACCUUGGAGCAGGGAAGAGGUUGAAUUAUUGCGCAAAGGAUUGCAGAAGUAUCCUAAGGGAACCUCACAAAGGUGGGAAGUAAUAGCGAACUAUAUUGGUACUGGGAGGACAGUGGAAGAGAUUCUUAAAGCUAUAAAGACUGUUCUUUUGCAGAAGCCUGAUUCUACAAAAGUAUUUGAUUCUUUCCUUGAAAAACGAAAGCCUGUAAAUACCAUUUUGUCCCCUUUAACAACUAGAGAUGAAGCUGUAGGCCUUCCUGUAAAUGGGAGUAACAAUGCUAUGGGUGUUGGGGAAAAAGAAAAAUGUACAAUUGAGCAGCUAGCAAGUGGUGGUAGUGGUCAAAAUACUGAUAAAAAAGAGAUACCUAGUGGAAGCGUCCAGUCUGCUUUAAAUGGAUCUGUGGCAGCCAAUGAGCAGGAAUCCUGGUCUGCUGUACAGGAAAGAGCUCUUAUUCAGGCACUGAAGACUUUUCCAAAAGACACGCCUCAGAGAUGGGAAAGAGUUGCAACUGCAGUUCCAGGCAAGAGCAAGGUUCAGUGCAUGAAAAAGUUUUCUGAGUUAAAGGAUAACUUUAGGAACAGGAAGAAUGCUGAGUAGGUAUUCUAGGUAUACCUUUGUAAAGGUCAAAGAAGAUGAGGUGGCUGUUAGUCACUCGAUGAGAUGCUUUUACAGAUUCAAGUGAUUGAGCAUUUAGGCCUUUAAUGCCUGAGUUUUUGUUCGCAAUAUUAUUGCACGCUAUAGCUGUGCAUAUUUCUCUGUGCUUUAUUUUUUAAUAGAAAUUCAUUGGAUAAUUAUUUUAAGCCAA